AUGAGCUACCCCGAGAAAUUCCAGGGUUUCUGCACCCACGGCCCGAAGACGUGGAACAAGUUCACCAAGGAAACCCUGACGCCGAAACCGUUUGGAGAUCGCGACAUUGACGUGCAGAUCGAAUGCUGCGGUGUCUGCGGAUCAGACGUCCACACCGUCACCGGCGGUUGGGGCGAGUACGAGGGUCCCCUGUGUGUCGGCCACGAGGUUGUCGGAAAGGCGAUCGCCGUCGGGAAGAAUGUCAAGGACAUCAAGGUCGGAGACAGGGUCGGCGUGGGAGCCCAGGUGUGGGCGUGUUUGAAGUGCGAGCAGUGCAAAAACGAGAACGAGAACUACUGCCCUCACCUCGUCGACACCUACAACGCGACGUAUGAGGACGGCAGCCAAGCCCACGGCGGCUUCGCCAGCCACAUCCGCGCCCACGAGUAUUUCACCUUCAAGAUCCCGGAGAAGCUCAAGUCGGAAGACGCGGCGCCGCUCAUGUGCGCCGGCCUGACGACCUACUCGCCGCUGGUGCGGGGCGGCGUGGGGCCGGGCCAGUCGGUCGCCAUCGUCGGCAUCGGCGGCCUGGGCCACCUCGGCGUGCAGUGGGCCAAGGCGCUCGGCGCCGACGUGUACGCCGUCACGCACUCGCCCGACAAGGCCGAGGACUGCAAGAAGCUGGGCGCCAAGGAUGUCAUCAACUCCAACGACAAGGACUGGGCCAAGCCGUGGGCGUUCAAGUUCGACUUCAUGCUCAACUGCUCCGACAUGACCAACGAGUUCGACCUGCAGACGUACCUGUCGACGCUGAAGGUCGGCGGGCAUUUCCACAUGGUGGGGUUGCCGGAUAAGCCGCUUCCGCAGUUCCCGGCGGGCCUGUUCACGAGCAAUUCGGCCAAGAUGUCUGGUAGCCAUAUCGGAAACCACCAGGAGAUGGAUGGUCUGUUGAAGCUUGCGGCAGAGAAGGGGAUUAAGCCUUGGGUUGAGACGAUUGAGAUUUCCGAGGCGGGCUGCAAGGAGGCCGUCGAGAGGGUCAAGGAGAACAAGGUCCACUACCGAUUCACGUUGGUGGGACACCAGAAGGCCUUUGGCACUGCAUAG